AUGUUAGCUAGGAAAGAAACCACAUGUCAUCAAGAUGCCUACACACGUGAAGAAAUGCGAAAUGCAUUGGCUAUCGGUUGGCGGGAGCAAAGAAUAAUAGGGUGGUGGCCAGAAACGAAGAUACGAAGGUGCUGCCAGGCUCGAAUGCCUGGCCGUGAGGAAAAAGAAGACGAGCGAGGUAAAACGCGAGAAUAAACUAGAAUUAGAACUGGAAAGGAGGAAGAAAUUGCGUUAUCGUUUCCACUUCCACGAUAUACAAUCCACACACGACGAUAUACAAUCGUUUCGUACUGGCAGAAUUUAUUUCGCGAUCGAUUCGAUGGGCGGAGAGAAACAAUGCGAAAGUUGGGCAUCAGAUGGCAGAGCGGGCAGCAGACGAUCGUGGACCAUCUGGUGGUCCACUCUGGCAUACGGCGAGCAUCCGACGUAUAAGCGUACGU